UGUUCGAGUCGCUCGCUCGGAGGGAGCUCCAGCUCCGAGGUCUGUGAUUGGAGGAGAAAGACCGAGUCCCAAAACUAUCAGCCAGGAAACGUCUCGGGUUUCAGGGGGGAGUGACAUUUCUUCAGGGGGUUGGAAGGAGAGAGAAAAAAUCUGUGUAAACCUGACAAAGCGUCUGAGAACAGCCAGUAUCCUCAGAGACUGCGCUCGUGUCACUGGAUGUGUAUUUUGGGAUGGAUGUUUUAUUCGGUGUUAGUUGCAAUGUCGCAUCUCGUGUAGCUGAAGGCUGAUGCGCGUUUGCACGAGCCGUCUGGUGAAGCAACAGCUACUUGGUUUACGGACGAAAAAAAGUUUCUGGGACGCGUAAUUUUUUUCCUCUUCUGGAAGGAUUUACCCAAGCGCGCACGGAUGCUGUCGGUGGGUCGCUAUUGGCAUGCGAUCCUGUCGUUAGUGCCCCGUUGGAUUUGGGAAUAGGGAAUAGUUUUGGUCGCAUUCCUGACUGGAUUCGGCCCAUGAGCUCCCUGUUUAUAUGCGGAUCCUGAACUUCACUAGCAGCUCCUUCUCUCCCAGGUGAUCAGUGGGAAUUCCAGUGAGUGACCGACCGUACAGCCUGCAGUUCAUGGUUGGGUGGUGCCCCUCAGAUGGGAUCCGUGUCCAGGGGGAGGCCGAGGAGGGGGGGAUGGGGAGACACGCCCACUGUUGACGGGAUGUCCACCCGGGGGUGGCUUCUGGGUGCACUCCUGCUUUUGACCCUGGCAACGGCGUCCGUGGCAAGGCCAUCGUCAAAGAUUGCUGAAAAGGUGGAGACUGCGAGUGAACGUGAAGAGCCUCCAACCAAAAACCAAAACUCUAAGCCCACCCUGUGCUCGGUGCACCCGGGUGAACUGCUCAAGCUCACCUGCCCACUGCCCGAGGCGGCCGCCAUCGUCUGGACCAAAGACGGCUCCUCACUGGGCCCUGACAACCGCACGCUCAUAGAUCAGGAGUGGUUACAGAUCCGCGAUGCCACCCCUAAGGACUCGGGUCUGUAUGCGUGCAGUGCCGCGGGCUCCCGGGCCAGCGACACGCUUUGCUUCAUCGUAAACGUUACAGAUGCCAUCUCAUCCGGUGAUGAUGAGGACGACACGGAUCGAUCGGACGAUGUCGGGGUGGACGGCGAGCAAAUGCUGGCGCCAUAUUGGACCUCGCCGGAUAAGAUGGAGAAGAAGCUGCACGCCGUCCCCGCGGCCAACACUGUGAAGUUUCGGUGCGCGGCGGCGGGAAAUCCCAAGCCUGAAAUGCGCUGGCUAAAAAACGGAAAACCCUUCAAACAGGAGGAUCGCAUGGGCGGUUACAAGCUCCGACUCCAGCACUGGACUCUUAUCAUGGAGAGCGUCGUCCCCUCUGAUAAAGGAAACUACACCUGUGUGGUGGAGAACGCUUACGGAUCCAUCAAUCACACCUACACACUGGAUGUAGUAGAACGCUCUCCUCACCGGCCCAUUCUUCAGGCAGGCCUUCCAGCCAACGUCACUGUGCAAGUCGGAGAGGAUGCUAAGUUCGUCUGCAAAGUCUACAGUGACGCUCAACCUCACAUCCAGUGGCUGCAGCACAUUAUGAAGAACGGCAGCCGUUACGGUCCUGAUGGACUCCCUUACGUCCGGGUGUUGAAGACGGCAGGUGUGAACACUACGGACAAAGAGAUCGAGGUGCUCCACCUGCCUAAUGUAACUUUCGAGGAUGCGGGCGAGUAUACGUGCUUGGCGGGUAACUCUAUUGGGAUCUCCUAUCACACUGCUUGGUUGACGGUGCUUCCAGCAGAGCCAGAUGUCUUCAAUCCGGAAUAUCCUCCAGACUAUGUGGAGAUCGCCAUCUACUGCAUAGGCGUCUUUCUCAUCGCCUGUAUGGUGGUGAUUGUGGUGGUUUGUCGAAUGAGGACGUCGGCUAAGAAGCCUGAUUUCGGGAGUCAGCCAGCAGUGCACAAGCUGACCAAACAGAUCCCUCUGCGGCGCCAGGUAACAGUGUCGUCUGACUCCAGCUCCUCCAUGAGCUCUAGCACACCAUUGGUCAGGAUCACCACUCGCCGUAGCUCCGCCCACGACGACCCCAUCCCAGAGUACGACCUCCCUGAGGACCCGCGCUGGGAGUUCUCCAGAGACAAGUUAACUCUGGGUAAACCACUUGGCGAGGGCUGCUUUGGGCAGGUUGUGAUGGCUGAAGCUCUGGGCAUCGACAAGGACAAACCUAAAGAGGCCGUGACUGUGGCUGUCAAGAUGCUGAAAGAUGAUGCAACAGAGAAAGAUCUUUCUGACCUGGUGUCAGAGAUGGAGAUGAUGAAGAUGAUUGGCCGGCACAAGAACAUCAUCAAUCUGUUGGGAGCAUGCACACAGGACGGUCCGUUAUAUGUCAUAGUAGAGUAUGCAUCUAAGGGAAACCUUCGGGAGUAUUUGAGAGCCCGGCGGCCCCCGGGAAUGGAGUACUCAUACGAUAUAGCCCGAGUUUCAGAUGAGCCUCUCACCUUCAAAGAUCUGGUGUCCUGCACUUAUCAAGUAGCCCGUGGCAUGGAGUAUUUAGCCUCACAGAAGUGUAUACACAGGGAUCUGGCUGCCAGGAAUGUGUUGGUCACGGAAAGCAACUUUAUGAAGAUUGCAGACUUCGGCCUGGCCAGAGACGUCCACAACAUAGAUUACUAUAAAAAGACCACAAAUGGUCGUCUGCCGGUGAAAUGGAUGGCUCCAGAGGCGCUGUUCGACCGAGUCUAUACACACCAGAGCGAUGUCUGGUCGUUCGGGGUUUUAAUGUGGGAGAUCUUCACGCUCGGUGGUUCUCCGUAUCCUGGAAUACCUGUCGAGGAGCUCUUUAAGCUGCUAAAAGAGGGUCAUCGCAUGGACAAGCCUGCUAACUGCACCAACGAACUGUACAUGAUGAUGAAGGACUGCUGGCAUGCGAUCUCCUCCCACAGGCCCACAUUCAAACAGUUGGUCGAGGACUUGGACCGCAUUCUCACUUUGGCAACCAACGAGGAGUAUCUGGACCUGUGCGCCCCAGUGGAGCAAUACUCUCCCAGCUUCCCCGACACACGCAGCUCCUGCUCCUCCGGAGACGAUUCAGUCUUCUCCCAUGAGCCCUUAGCAGACGAGCCCUGCCUUCCCAAGUACCAGCACAUCAACGGAGGCAUAAAAACAUGAGCCUCUUCAACCUUCUCCAGACCCACCGCAUUCAAGCUACGCCUGCAGUUCUCAACAAGACUGAGAGACUUUUACCCACAGUUCCCUUGUCCCCAUCCAGAACCGUAUGCUGCCUCUAGACUCCUCGCGAAGCUCCCGCUGGACUUUCGGAGCGUGCCAAAGGAGGCUGAGACGCCAGCAGUGCUGCUUUUCCGGAAAGAAACUGAAGUGUGUGAAGCGCUGGUGCCUUUUUUGUGGAAACGCACACUUGCGCACACAAAAACAUGUGACCUAGCUCUUAAAAAGAGGAUGAGGACUGAAGAAAAGUGACUGCUUCCAAGGACCCACCUCUUGCUUUUUUUGUUUAUUUUGAUGAUUUUUUCCCAUUUGUGUUGGAAUUCUAUUACAUUCUUGCCAUCAUUCCGUUGCUUGGCAUUCCAGGAUUCUGUGUUCCCAAGAGAAAUGAAUGGAGCACACGGACAGAACUCUUAAGAGACAAAAAGGAGAAAAUAUGAUAUGAGUACAAUAAGGAAACAUACAACUAACAGAAGAAGAAGAAGUAGAAGAAAACAUAACACUGCCUCCAGUUGAUUUUUUUAUUUUUUUAUUUUUAAAUGCUCUGUUUUUACCAUGAUAACACAGUUAUCAUACAAAAAUCCCGAGCAGUUAUCCUUAAUGGUUAAAAAAAAUGAAAUAAUACAUGGUAUAUAGUGCUGGGUAUAUUUGUAAAUAUAUUCAAAUAUGUAAAAAUAUAUAUUAUAUAUUUACAAUGAAUUAUUUUUUGUAUGGACUUCCGAACAAUUCCUCCCUUUUCCCGCAGAGUGAGAAAUAGAUGUAGACGCAUCUAGAUGUUUCUAUUACAUUCCCAGACUUACAUUCACACAUAUAUAGCAGGACUCGACAUUAAAAAUCUCCAUGAAAUGGCUUGACGAGUGCAGUUUUCUCUUUUGUGUUUCAUGUUAAAACAGGAAGUCUCUUUUCUUUGUCAACUUUUGGGAGUGUAUUAACGUUUAGAUGACCUCAGAACUAACAAACAUAGACUAAAAGCCACAAAACUCUCAGUUUUCAUGCGUAUGUUCCAGGAACACUGAGCCGUGGUGCUGGUUCCAAUCCGGGCGCACAAAAUCUCCUGGAAAAGUUUAAUGUCGGGUCCUGCACAACUCACUUGCUGACACAGUCACGUAUUGGCUUUCAGGGAAAGAGAUAGCAUGUUAAUUUAUUGACUUGUGUUUAAAAAGAAUCAAAAGGAUAAAAAGGAUCAAAAUAAUAAAGAGAUAAUAAUAUUAAUGAUGACCGUAGAAACAAUAAUGAUUCAUAAUGUUUAUUUUGUAAUUUAAAAUGACAUUUCAGUGGUACAAAGAAUUAUUUGUAGCUGGUAUCAAAAGAUUUGCAUUUCUUACGUCUUUAUAUAUAUAUUAUAUAUAUAUCUAUAUAUAUAUAUAUAUAUAUAUAUAUAUAUAUAUAUAUAUAUAUAUAUAUAUAUAUAUAUACAAAUGUGAAUGGUAAGUUAAAAUGCAAAAAUAACAUACAUUUUUAUAGUCCGCUAAUCCCUUUUCUAUAGUAGAGGAUGUCGUUUUUAUCCGGCUGUUUUACUCACACUGAAGUUUGCAUUUGAAUUUGAUGAAAUACUGGAAAAAAGGUUGCAGUAUAUUUUGUGCAGUUUCACCCACAUCGACUCGAAAGUAUUACGAAUCCUGUUUCAAGUGUUUCAUUUUCUUCCAGACAAAUGAGCUGAGGUUGUUCUCAACAAGUGUUCCUGACAGAUUUGUAAAAUUAAAGAUGAAAAAAUUA